GUUUAAGAGGCUUAAAACAUCCAAAUGUAUAUAUUUACAAAUAAUCCAAAAUAAGCGGCAGAAUCAAUCGAUGUGAGUUGCUGAGGAUGGACUAAUUGAUGUAUCAACUCAACAUAGAUUCAUGUUGUAUAGUAUAGUAGUUUUCUGUCUGUUUCUUUUUCAUCUGAGCAAAGUGCAAGUUUAGGAGGAGCUUGCUGAAAUGAUGCUAUUCCCAGGGUGCGCUCACCAUCUGAUACCACCGCACAUCUGCGUGCAUAUUCCUCUGUCUGGGAUAUGCUUUGCUCUCCGGUCGGGGAUCGUGUAUCCAGAGAAGUCUGAGGAGUCUGUGUGAGUCCGCAUGUGUGUUUCACUCACAUGGAAUGUGAAUGAGGAGGAGGUUGUAAUUAGCCCACAGCAAUAAUGCUCGCUCAUUAUACUACAGAUAAGAGUUGUUGUUUGAUCUCUUCAGAUCCCGAGCACAACCCUGCAGCAUUCAUUUUACAUAUCUGAAAUAUCUUUGUGUUCAUUAAAAUUAAUUGUGAGUUUUAAAUCACUGUAUUUAACACUACGAUAUAGUGCUAUACCUGCAGGAGGUGGAGCCAAUUCCUAAGACUUUAUAUGUUGGAUGGUUUGAUCUUAAAAUGCAUUCAAUUUGAAACAGCAGUCAUACGUUUUGUGUGGAAAAUCUACAUCUGAUAAAUUGUAGUGUAGAAUAAAGUAAUCCUCGGUAUUUGCCUCAAUCAGUACUUGAAAUACAAUAAUUAAAAAAUAAAUCACCACCGGGUUUAUAAGGACCAUGUCAGAUCACUACUUACUGAUCUGAUCAUACUAAUCAGAGAAUAUUAUACUGGUCCAGAUGUAGUGUUGUUUACGGGACUAGCGUAAUAGUGACGUAACAGUGACGUUGCAGCACCCGCCUCCCUCGGCUCCACUGAGCAGCGCAGUAGUUUCUCUGAUUUUCAUCAGCGCUGCAAGUCUCCUGCGGAUUUAUCGGGGAAAUACAUCGGUGCAUGAGGGCACUUUGGGCCCAAUGAUGGAGGCCUGGCCGACAGUGGCCUGGGUGCUGCUCAUGACCAACGUUGCUGAUUUGCUGAAGACGGUCCAGUCCCGGGACUUUUCCCUGACGGACAUCAUCCUGCUGCAUCCCUCAACGACACCUCAUCCCGGAGGUUUCAAGUGCUUCACGUGCGAAGACGCGGCGGACAACUACGAGUGCAACCGCUGGGCGCCGGAUGUCUACUGUCCGAAAGACGCCAGGUACUGCAGCGUGCGUCACGUGAUGGAUAACCAUGGCGACAGUGUGUCCGUGACCAAGCGCUGCGUGGCCCUGAAGGACUGUCUGUUCACCGGCUGUGCUGACGUCCCCGAUGAUGGCCAUCAGAUGUGCUCGUCCUGCUGCGAGGGGAACAUCUGUAACGUGCUGGUGCCGAGGAAUGCCAGCAACUCGGUCUUCUCCUCGACGUCUCCUCUGUCGAGCUCCAGCAGAGGGUUUCUUCCUGCAACGCAGAACUUCUUCACCAUCACUUUCAUGGGAUUCUUUACAGCUGGACACUUUUGAGAGGGAAACUGCAUCUGUGUCAGAUCCAACUGAAGGACACUUUUUUUAGGAAGUGAAACAAAAAAAAUGUAUUCAAACAUUUACUUUUAUUAUGUUGAUUCUAGUUGUUAUAAAUACAUAAGGAUAUUUCAUAAACCAUCAUGAAAGGCAACACAAACAUUUUUUUAACUUGAGGUUUGACCAAACAAAACAUCACUGCUGCAAAAUCAUUCCUUCAAAUUUGUUUUCCUUCCCUUCCUCCUAUUUGGCAAUUUGCUGAGGCUUUUGUUUAUUUAUUGUAACCGCAUUAAUGUUGCCAUGCUAAUGUGUACACUGAGGUUUUGUCAAUACUAAAUCGCUCGGGUAGUCAGUGCAGUUAACGUUUUUUUUGUGAUUUUAUUGAUUUACAAGAAAUGCGGAUCACUGACAAAUGGACCUGAAAUAAACAAACCCUUUGUACAUA